AUGAUAACGGUACAAAAAAUUGAUCUCGACAACACCAUUCCAUAUUGGCUUCCAGCAUUCAUAAAUAUGCUCAAAGUAGAAAACAACAUGGACCACUGGGGGCAGCACUGGGACUCUGAAGCCAACAACGCUGGAAAAGAAUAUACCGGUCCCGAAAAAGAAGAAAAAGCAAGGAUCAAUCAUGAAGUACUGGAGGAACUCAGCAAAUCCAUCCAGCGAAAAGAAGACGGCUAUUACGUCAAACUUUCAUUCAAGAAAACGCACGAAGACCUACCAGAAAACCGCAUAUUAGCCUGGAAACGACUGAAAAGCAUCUUUAAAGAAUACAAUAAUCAGUCGGAUUUUCCUCAGCAGUACGACUAUGUCUUCAAAGAACAACUCAAAAAGAAGCAUUCUCGAGCAGGUUGA